CAGGUGGGCUAACUGGAACUUGAGGAAAGAUGAACUGGGUCACUUCUUGCCUACACAAAAUAGGAAAGAAUUCUCUUCUUUCCUCCAACUGGGUCACUCUUGGAGCAACUGGGAGUAUAAAAAGGUGACGUCAAGGCUAAGACAGCAUUGAAACAAACAAAACCCAAGCAGUCAGGAAGUCAGACCAUUCUGAGGGAGACCCACUGGAAAGGACCACAACUUCUAAAAAGGGGCAGGAAAGCUUUUUCCACAAGAAGUCAAAAAGAGGGAAUUGUCACUCUUUUUGCAUUGGACAUUGCUAUAAUUUCUUUUGUUGAUUAGAUUUUCAUUGCUCAAAAUGAAAUCGGGAUUCUUUCUAACUUUGUUCAGUUGUUUGAUCAUCAUUCAUGGAUCCACAACCGCGCCAUCAGAGGUCACGAAAGAGCCACAGAAAGGCGAUACUGAUAUCAUCGAGGAUGAAAAACGUCAGGCAGCCGUACAUCAAUAUCGGUCCGUUUGUCACGGAGAUGGAACGUGUUCGUAUAUCUUCACCUUGACGGUACCAGCCACACUAGGCAUGCCACUGCCGCUGGACGUGGACUCGAUGAUGGGAUCAAUCGAUGCUGACUCUCCAAAGGUUAAAGUCAUUCAAGAACAGCUUCAGGUUCUCCAUAAUACGUUAUAUAAUCUCACAAUGGCCAAUCACGAAGAAACCAUGAUGCUGACCAAUGACAUCAACAAUAUGCAAACAAACGUAAAAGAUAUCGACACCAAGGUGAAAGACGUCGACUCGCACACGAGGAUGCUGAACGAUGGUUACUCCACGCUGAAGAACGAUGUCAGCCAGAUUGAGGCAAAGGUGGCAGCAGCUACGCAGAGCUUGGACACCAAAUUAUCAAAAGCAAAAGCUGAGAUGGUGCAAGUUGAGGGAGAAUUGAAAUCUAUGGAGGAGUAUUUUGCAAUGUACAAGGACGGUGUGAGCGAGCAUGACCUUCAGAACUUUCAGUACGUUAUCAAAGUACAGCAACCUGAACCUGCUGAAAAUCUGGCUGUAGGCACUGAUUGCUCUGUCCUGUACAACGCUGGUAUGAACAUUAGCGGUGUCUACGCGAUCAAGCCUGACCCUGGAGUGAAUGGCACAACGUUUGAUGUGUACUGUGAUAUGGAGACUGAUGGCGGUGGCUGGACGGUCCUACAGCGCAGGGAGGAUGGCAUGCAGAACUUUGACAGGAAAUGGGCAGACUAUAAGGAUGGUUUUGGUGAUCUGACCGGUGAAUACUGGCUGGGCCUUGAGAAGAUGUACAUCCUGAACCUGAGAGGAAACAAUGCCGUUCGCUUUGACUUGUGGGACUUUGCCGGGGAAACUGCACAUGCCUCAUACACCAAGUUUAUCUUAUUUGGUGAGGACGACAAGUACCGGAUUCAGGUUGGGCAGUACUCUGGCGAUGCUGGCAAUGCCUUCCAUUAUGGUAACCGCUUCCUACGACACAAUAACCAGCAGUUCUCAACUAUAGACAAUGACAACGACAGAUAUGGACGAAGUUGUCCAGAGAUCUACAGCAGUGGUUGGUGGUUUCAUAACUGCAUGGUGGCUAACUUGAAUGGACUUUAUUACGAGGGCGGUGUCUAUAAGAGCCACCGUAAAGACGGUAUCAUGUGGCAGCCGUGGCGUCAUGAAUCAUCAUUGAAGAAAACAGAGAUCAAAGUGAGGCCAGCCAAUUUUCUCAAAAAUCAACAAAAAGUUAUUGAUGCGCAAAAUGUAGAGCCUUAGUGUUCUGCUUGCAUUGACUUGUAUUCAUUACAAGGAUGGACUAUGCGUCUGUGCCAUCUGUGAUGAAUCUAUGGAACAAUAUAACCAGCAUAACACUAACACUUAUUAAGACAGAAUUGUCAUCUGAUAUUCAUGACAUCUAUCCAUGAUAUGGAGAAGACGUAACAUUAGAUGACUGAAAAGUUGUAUUUAUUACAUGUACUGUCAACAUAAUGUAAAUUACUGUAAAUAAAGUAUAUUUAUGUAGAUAUUUUGAAA